UAUUCAGCAUCUGUUUGACCGUGUGCACACAAAUUAUCAUGGGCUUCAAAGAUACGGUUUUAUCUCAAAUGUUUUUGUAGCAAACCGCAACAUAGAUAAUAUUUUUUUUUCUAUUUUUGUAUUGUAUUUGUAGAUUUUUUUUUAACUUUUUGCUUUUAAAAUGUGGACUUUUCUUGGAAUUGCCAGCUUUACAUAUCUUUACAAGAAGUCAGACACAGUGUUGACUUUUCUUCAUAGAGAGUUAAUAGCAGUAGUUUUAAUAAUCACUGCACUUCUCCUUUAUUUAAAAUAUGUGCACGGACACAAAGUGCGCGUGUCUCAACUCCUAAACGUGCCUUUGACUUUUCUGGGAGUUGUACCGUUUAUUAAAGAAUUAAUCCCACAAAGUUCUUCAGGGAGGAACACCACAGCGACCUCUAAAAAGGGCUAUAGAACAAGACGAAAACUGAACCAGGAUUCGUCUACAUCUGCUACGGCCUCAUCCUCUGGUGUAGUGGAGAACACAGAACCAGAUGUGGUAAUAGUUGGAGGAGGAGUUUUGGGAUCGGCGAUGGCGGCUGUGCUGUCCCAGGACGGGAGGAGGGUGACGGUGGUGGAGAGGGACCUGAAGGAGCCAGACCGGAUAGUGGGAGAGCUACUGCAGCCUGGAGGUUACAGAACUCUCAAAGCACUGGGGCUGGAAGCCUCGGUGGAGGGCCUGGACGCUCAUGUGGUGAACGGAUAUGUGAUCCACGACACAGACAGUGGGGCGGAGGUAGAGAUCCCGUACCCUCAGACAGAUGAGGGGGUGCAGUGUGGCAGGGCCUUCCAUCAUGGACGCUUCAUUAUGGGCCUGAGGAGAGCUGCCAUGGCCCAGCCCAAUGUCACUUUCAUAGAAGGCACAGUGACCAGUUUAGAGGAAGAAGAUGGCUGUGUCACUGGUGUCCAAUACAGAGAUAAAGAAACUGGAGACAAUAAGGUUAUCUAUGCAGCUCUGACUGUCGUAGCAGAUGGGUGCUUCUCAAAGUUCAGAAAAAACCUUGUUUCUGGGAAAGCACAGGUCUCAUCUCAUUUUGUUGGAUGUCUUAUGAAGAACUGUCCACAGUUCAGAGCCAAUCAUGCAGAACUGGUCCUUGCAAACCCAAGUCCAGUCCUCAUCUAUCAAAUCUCCUCCAGGGAGACCAGAGUUCUUGUGGACAUCAGAGGAGAGAUGCCACGCAACCUUUCAGACUACAUGGUCGAGAAGGUUCACCCACAGCUGCCUGAGCAUCUAAAGGAGCCCUUCUUGGAGGCCCUGCAGAACGAUAGACUGAGGUCCAUGCCUGCCAGCUUCCUCCCUCCCUCUCCUGUGAACAAACCAGGUAAUGCAAACACUACUCACUCCCCCAGAGAAGUGAGGAAAUCUGCUCAAAACAUACUAUAUAUAUAUUUCUUCUGA